AAAACAGAAGAAAAUGUUGACAUUUUACAUUUUUAAUUUGCUAUUUUAAAAACAGUUCAUCAUAAAUAUAUAACAUAAUCGGUAAUUAAGUUAAUAUAUUUAAUUAUCGUUAAAUUAAGAAAUCGUUUUAAGAUUAUAUUUUAUUAAUACAAAAAAAAAAAAAUAAAAUGAAUUCCCAAGUGUCACCUUAUAGUACUGAUAUAUCGGAAUACCAAACAAUAUCAAUUUUAGGUCACUGUUUUGAUAAUAAAGCAAUUGUCCAACUUGCCAAACAUUUACCUUCUGGAAUAAUGAUUGCUAUUAAGAAAUUUAACAUUGAUAAAAUAAAAGAAGAUAUUAAUCUACUAGAGAGUGAAAUUAUUUUAACUAAACAAUUAAAUCAUCCAAAUAUUUUACCUUAUAUUUCUACAUUUGUUUUUGGUCCUGAAAUAUGUGUAAUUAGUCCACUUAUGGCUUAUGGUUCUUGUAGAGAUCUAUUAACAAGACAUUUCAACGAAGGAUUAUUGGAAACCGCUAUAGUAUUAAUUAUAAAGGACAUCCUAUCGGCGUUAAUUUAUAUUCAUAAAAAAGGUUAUAUUCAUAGGGCUAUCAGGGCUAGUCAUAUUCUUAUUUCCGACACUGGACAAGUUUGUUUAACAGGAUUACGGUACGCUUGUCCUAUUAUAAAAAACGGUAGAUGGCAACGGAAUAUUCAUUCUUUUCCACGUACCACAGAAAAAAAUCUAAAUUGGUUAAGCCCAGAAUUGUUAGAACAAAAUUUACAAGGUUAUAAUGAAAAAUCUGAUAUAUAUAGUAUUGGUAUUGUGAUAUGCGAAUUAGCGAAUGGUUCAGAACCUUUUUCCGGAAUGUCAAAGACACUGAUGUUGACAGAAAAAGUGCGUGGUUGUGCUCCUCCACUAUUAGAUAGAACUACCAUACCCAGAGAUGAAAAUUUAGAUUGCGGAGGAGAUAUGGAAAUUAGUCAGAAUAUUUUAAACCGAAGAUUUAGUGACAAUUUACAUGAAUUAGUUGCUCUCUGUUUUAUGUGGGAUGUUACGGAGAGACCGUCCGCCACUCAACUACUUAAUCAUCCAAUAUUCAAGACUGUUAGAAGAGCUCCACCCUUACCGGAACUACUUAAACCGGCUCUACCUUUAAGCGAUAGAGUCGGCAUCGAUACAGACGAAAUUGAGAAUUUCAAUACUAUGAAUAGGUUGUCUCAAUUAGAACUUUAUUCUUGUGAAUGGGAUUUUUGAUGGUUUUGUGAUGUAGAAUUAUAAAAAUUGUUUAUUAUCA